UAUUUUCUGUAUCCAUUUUCUUUCAUCAGAUAUUUUCCACCCUUCCAAACACAGUAACAAAGAGACAGUCAGCAGUCUACUAAACGCCUAAUAAAACCCUAACAUAAUUUGUCUUUUUGUGUUAUAUAUUAUUUAGUAUACUAUCUGAGACAAGGGGAGUCCAAAACUAACAGUAGAGAGAAGAAACAGACAUGGCUCAGUUGAAGGCAUUAUCACCAUAUUCUUCACUCAAUCUCACAUUCCAUGGCCCUAAAAGAGAUGUGUUGCAACACAAUUUCAAAGUGUCCUCUAAUGCAAAACCAACCAUUUCAUUGCUAAGGUUAGGUGCAAAGAGGAGUGAUCUUCAAGGUGAUGAACUUGUUGUUAAUGCUCGGGAUAUUAUUAGAACUAGUCGCAGUAAAGCCAUUCAAGCAGUUUUAUCAAGUGAUACAGAAGUGGAAACGCAUGAAGCUACAAAGAGGAAAGGACUUCGAGGCCAUUUAAAUAAGGUUGUUUUAGCCUAUAGUGGUGGCUUAGACACAUCAGUUAUUGUCCCUUGGUUAAGGGAGAAUUAUGGUUGUGAGGUUGUUUGCUUCACUGCUGAUGUUGGUCAGGGAUUAAAGGAAUUGGAGGGAUUGGAAGAAAAGGCCAAGGCAAGUGGAGCUUGUCAACUGGUGGUGAAGGAUUUGCAAGAAGAAUUUGUGAAGGAUUACAUUUUCCCUUGCUUGCGAGCUGGUGCGAUCUAUGAAAGGAAAUACUUGUUGGGGACCUCGAUGGCACGCCCUGUUAUUGCAAAGGCCAUGGUGGAUGUCGCCAAAGAAGUUGGAGCAGAUGCUGUUGCUCAUGGAUGUACAGGAAAAGGAAAUGAUCAGGUUCGCUUUGAACUCACAUUCUUUGCACUAAAUCCUGAAUUGAAUGUUGUGGCCCCUUGGCGCGAAUGGGAUAUCAAGGGGAGAGAAGAUGCGAUUGAAUAUGCCAAGAAACAUAAUGUGCCCGUCCCUGUGACUAAGAAAUCCAUAUACAGCAGAGAUAGGAACUUAUGGCACCUGAGCCAUGAGGGUGACAUCUUAGAAGACCCAACCAAUGAGCCAAAGAAAGAUAUGUACAUGAUGUCUGUUGAUCCAGAAGAUGCACCCAAUCAACCUGAAUAUGUAGAAAUCGGGAUAGAGUCGGGAAUUCCUGUUUCAGUUAAUGGCAAGAAGCUUUCCCCAGCUUCUCUUCUUUCUGAGCUCAAUGACAUUGGUGGAAGACAUGGUGUUGGUCGUAUUGACAUGGUUGAAAACCGACUUGUUGGUAUGAAAAGCCGCGGCGUUUAUGAAACUCCUGGAGGAACCAUUCUCUACAGUGCUGCACGCGAACUGGAGUCGUUAACUCUCGAUAGAGAAACGAUGCAAGUUAAAGAUUCACUUGCCCUCAAGUACGCUGAGCUAGUGUAUGCAGGCAGGUGGUUUGAUCCGUUACGCGAGUCUAUGGAUGCAUUCAUGGAAAAAAUCACAGAGAAAACAACUGGUUCUGUGACACUGAAGUUGUACAAAGGAUCUGUAUCGGUAACCAGUCGGACAAGUCCCUACAGCCUGUACAGGCAAGACAUCUCAUCCUUUGAGAGUGGGAAGAUUUAUGAUCAAGCUGAUGCAGCUGGUUUUAUAAGGCUUUACGGUCUUCCAAUUAAGGUCAGGGCAAUGCUUGAGAAGGGGAUCUAAUGAAUACUUUUUCCUGCCCCUAAAUGCAUUCAGUUAGGUAUUCAGUUUGUAAUGAACUUUUUUUUUUGGAUUAGUCUUUCCUAAAAUUUUCAACUUAAAUAACCCUUUUGAGUCUAUAAAUCUCUCUUUUUGCUUGCUCGUUUUCUAA